AUGAACUUUCUUUAUCGAAAUAGACAGACAUCAUCAACCGUCUUUCUUUAUCGAAAUAGACAGACAUCAUCAACCGUCUUUCUUUAUCGAAAUAGACAGACAUCAUCAACCGUCUUUCUUUAUCGAAAUAGACAGACAUCAUCAACCGUCUUUCUUUAUCGAAAUAGACAGACAUCAUCAACCGUCUUUCUUUAUCGAAAUCAUCAACCGAUCGAAAUAGACAGACAUCAUCAACCACAGACAUCAUCAACCGUCUUUCUUUAUCGAAAUAGACAGACAUCAUCAACCGUCUUUCUUUAUCGAAAUAGACAGACAUCAUCAACCGUCUUUCUUUAUCGAAAUAGACAGACAUCAUCAACCGUCUUUCUUUAUCGAAAUAGACAGACAUCAACCGCCUUUUCUUUAUCAAAUCAGACAUCAUCAACCGUCUUUCUUUAUCGAAAGACAGACAUCAUCAACCGAUCAAAUAGACAUCAUCAACCGUCUUUCUUUAUCGAAAUAGACAGACAUCAUCAACCGUCUUUCUUUAUCGAAAUAGACAGACAUCAUCAACCGUCUUUCUUUAUCGAAAUAGACAGACAUCAUCAACCGUCUUUCUUUAUCGAAAUAGACAGACAUCAUCAACCGUCAAAUAGACAGACAUCAUCAACCGUCUUUCUUUAUCUUUCUUUAUCGAAAUAG